AUGAUAGACCAGGUCGAUGGCAUUUUCGUGAAAGAAAAUUCUACUGCCUUACAUAUUGCCGCCUGGAAAGGAGAAGGUGAUGCGUUAACAUUAUUGCUAAAGAAUGGAGCUGAUCCAAACAUAGCCAAUAAAUUAGAGGAAAGACCGAUACAUUAUGCUGCUGUUGAAGGAAAUUUAUAUUGUGUGAAAAAACUGCGUGAGUUCGGUGCCUCCGUUAGUCCAGAAAACAUGCUUUAUAAAUUGAUUAAUAAUGGUAUACUUCGGCGAUCUUUUUAUUUAUUUAUUUUAUUUUGGAUCGGGUACUAUCAUCUAAUGAAGCAAGGGCAAACACCCUUACAUGAAGCAGUCCGUUUUGGACAUGAUAACAUAGCUUUAUGGUUAUUGCGACAAGGAGCUGCUGUUAAUCAUCAAGAUAAUUAUGGCGAUACUCCGUUACAUGUAGCUACUCAACAUAAUUGCCAUGAAAGUAUAUUAAUACUCUUGGAGAACGGAGCAGAUUCGAGUAUCCUCAAUCAGCAAAAAAAGGGAAAGAUAGAAAAACUAUUAAAUAUCUUGGUGGUAAACCGAAGGGAGAAUGUACAAUUAUUUGAUCGUAAAUGGGAUAUCUGCGGAAAUGGAAUGAAAAAUUAUUAUCUUAAUAAGAUUCGAGUUGCUUUAAUAUGCUGUAAAUUAGCCGCUUAA